AUUGUACUAUCAAAAUUUCUCAUAACAUCUUCUAGAAAGGAACAAUGCAAACGUACUAACUCUCCGAGAACAAUUUAGUUGAUGAUUCCAGUAGCUUAGCAGCUUAGGAGCUUAGGUAAUAGGGCUAGUUGAGACGGCGGAGAUAGUCGGGGUAAAUGAUUUGCUGUAAUAGGCUUGAUUAAAAUGGGCCUCAUGCAACCACUUUAACGCAGGAACGCGAAAAACGCGGUCAAGGACGCGCGAUAUGGAUUUUCAGUUCCCCUCCGACCCCUUUCCCUAAACAAUUCAUUCAGUCACAAUCUUUAAAACUUCCCCCCACUUGUGCCCUGUGCCUCUAUACUCAACCGCUAACAUUCGCCUCACUAUUCAAUUACAUCAUAUGCUUUUGUGAUCAACUGCCUUGAUUUACCACUUAAGCAAUCCAAGACGAGAAUUAAGGCAUCAUGGAUACUUUUAUGCUUCGAGAUGAAGCGGCCAAGGAACGCAUUCGCUUGGCCGCGGAGUUCCUUGACCCUCAUGACCAACAUGCGAGGAGUUACCGAUCCGAUAUCAUAUUAAUGCUUCAGAAGAACCAAAGGCGACUAGUAGUCAACUUAGACCACGUUCGUGACCACAAUACCGAACUAGCAGAUGGUUUACUAUUCGAUCCAUUCGACUACACCCUAGCCUUCAACCAUGCGCUUAAGGAGAUCGUGCAGACCAUUCCACAAGCACGACCCGAUCAGACCGAUCAAGAUGUACUAUACUACUGCGCCUGGGCAGGCAGCUUUGGUCUCAAUGCUUGCAACCCGAGAACAUUAUCAUCCAAUCACUUAAACCAUAUGGUGUCGAUCGAAGGUAUUGUCACAAGAUGCUCGCUCAUUAGACCAAAGGUUGUCAAAAGUGUGCAUUAUAACGAAAAGAAGAACAUAUUCCAUUUCCGCGAGUAUCGCGAUCAAACCAUGACCAAUGGAGUCACCACAUCCAGUGUCUACCCUCAAGAAGACGAGGAAGGUAACCCACUUCUCACAGAAUACGGUUUCUGUACAUACAGAGAUCACCAGACCAUAUCGAUACAAGAAAUGCCCGAGAGAGCACCUGCUGGACAACUCCCUCGUGGUGUUGAUGUUAUUCUAGACGACGACCUAGUCGACAAAGUGAAGCCCGGUGACAGAGUCCAACUCGUUGGUAUCUUCCGAACGCUCGGAAACCGAAAUACGAAUCAUAACAGCGCACUUUUCAAGACGAUAAUCCUAGCGAACAAUAUUGUCCUUCUUUCGUCCAAGGCAAGCGGAGGCGUAGCAACAGCUACAAUUACGGAUACCGAUAUUCGAAAUAUUAACAAAGUCGCCAAGAAGAAGAACCUCUUCGAACUCCUAUCGCAAUCGCUAGCGCCUAGUAUCUUCGGUCACGACUACAUCAAGAAGGCAAUUUUGCUCAUGUUACUAGGUGGUAUGGAGAAGAAUUUAGAAAAUGGUACACAUUUGAGAGGAGAUAUCAACAUCCUCAUGGUUGGUGAUCCUUCGACAGCCAAAUCUCAACUUCUGCGAUUCGUACUCAACACAGCACCAUUAGCUAUCGCCACAACUGGACGUGGUUCUUCAGGUGUCGGUCUAACAGCGGCCGUCACAACAGACAAGGAAACGGGUGAAAGAAGAUUGGAGGCCGGUGCUAUGGUUAUGGCAGAUAGAGGUGUUGUCUGUAUUGAUGAGUUUGAUAAGAUGUCAGAUAUCGAUCGAGUUGCUAUCCACGAAGUUAUGGAACAACAAACCGUCACCAUUGCCAAAGCCGGUAUCCAUACAUCGCUCAACGCCCGUUGCAGUGUUAUUGCGGCGGCCAACCCUAUCUUUGGGCAAUACGACACACAUAAAGAUCCUCACAAGAACAUCGCUCUUCCGGAUUCUCUCUUGUCGCGUUUCGAUCUUCUGUUUGUCGUUACUGACGACAUCGAGGAUACCCGCGAUCGUCGAGUCUCCGAGCACGUCCUACGUAUGCACCGCUACCGACAGCCCGGCACCGACGAAGGCGCUCCGGUUCGCGAAAACACCCAACAAGCUCUUGGUGUUGCACUGCAAAGCCAGGACGCUACCCAGAAACCCACUGAAGUUUACGAAAAAUAUGAUGCCAUGUUGCAUGCAGGUGUUACUGUGACCUCUGGUCGUGGCGCCAACAAGCGACGCGAAGUCCUAAGCAUUCCAUUUAUGAAGAAGUACAUCCAGUACGCGAAGACAAGAGUCAAGCCGGUACUCACACAAGACGCAUCAGAGCGUAUUGCGGAGAUAUACGUCGGUCUACGUAACGACGAAAUGGAGGGUAACCAGAGAAGAACGUCUCCCCUAACAGUGCGUACUUUAGAAACACUCAUUCGUCUGGCAACCGCGCACGCCAAAUCGAGGCUUUCAAACAGAGUAGAUGAGCGGGAUGCCUUAGCAGCCGAAGCCAUUCUUCGUUUUGCCUUGUUCAAGGAAGUCGUAGAAGACGAGUCGAAGAGGAAGCGCAGACGGACACAACGACCUGAGGAGGAGGAGGACGGCGAUAGUGACGACGACGAUGAAGACCGUGGCGAUAGCAGUUACAGAGGUUCGACAGCGCGCGGUAGAACCGCACCUUCGACCCGAACAACUGCCCGAGGCCAACCCUCGACUAACGGCAGCCGCCGUGCGAAUGGGACUAAUGGUCGCACGCCAGCUUCACCCGCAGCAGAAAACGAUGAAGAGGAUGAAGAUUUGUAUAACGCCACACCACGUCGCUCAAACCGAACCGGUGGUGCUUCCUCAUCAAACGCACCCGCGACAUCACAAAUUUCUUUUGCUUCUUCGGUACCCGCCUCCCAGCUCGAGACACAAGAGGAAGAGGAAGAAACGCAGGAAGACACGGCCCUAGCAUCGGGCGCGGCGAGCUUAAGCAUCGACACACCGAUCACACCCGAGCGUCUCGCAGCGUUCCGAACCGCGCUAGGACAGCUACUCAACACAAGCUUAUUCGAAGAUGACGCAGCUGAUGUCGGCGAUGUCAUUGAGGCAGUAAACCGACGUAUGGAAGGCAGAGGCGCGGCUUUCUCGCAUGAAGAGGCUGUUAAGGCGCUUAAGAAGAUGGAUGAUGCGAACCAGAUCAUGUACACGGAUGGCAAUCUCGUAUACAAGAUCUAAACACACAAUCGAACGAGUAUUAGGUUACGACGACUAUGGAAGAUGAUUCCACGAAGAGUAGAUGAUGAGGGUUGGUGGCGUUCUGUGUAUGGGUUAUGAUACUUUGUCAUUAUAGCAUCGGCCACGCCGUUAUAGGUUACUACUUAAUACGAAAAACCACGUUAAGAGAUA